CGGUUCCAGUAAUUAGGUGGGUGGCCUUUCAUUCUCUUGUGUGUGGCCGCCCAGGCGCGCACCUUAGGGGGAACUAUCCACAGACCACCUGGGUGGAGCUCGCGGACCACAGUUUGAGAACCUCUGCUGUAGCGCUUUCCAGAAGUCAGAGCCAGCCUGGUGGCUGCUGUGUGCUCAGAAGGGCAGUGGUUAAGAGACAGAAUCAGAGAAAUUAACCUCUCUGUGAUUGGGCAAUAUGUGGAUUAUCUUGUAAAAGAGCAGGGUGUGAAGAACGUUUUUGGCCAGGCCUCAGGAUGUGUUGUGUUCUGUUUGAAACAGUGAAUGGCACAACAGGAGAAGGGCUGGCACUGAGCACCCAGGAGAGGAAGCAGCUGGCAGAGGAGUGGGUGACCAAAGGGAAAAACAAGUUGGAUCAUGUGAUCAUUCACGUGGGUGCAUUAAGUCUACCAGAAGCAAAGGAACUGGCCAAACAUGCAGCCGCAAUAGGAGCGAGUGGUAUCGCUGGGAUCGCCCCCUUUUUUUUCAAACCUACAAACAAAGAUACAUUGGUUGCUUUCUUACGGGAAGUUGCAUCUGAAGCCCCUGGCAUUCCAUUUUAUUACUAUCACAUUCCUCCUUUAACAGGUGUAAAGAUUCGUGUUGAGGAGCUGCUGGAUGGGAUAAAAGAACAGAUCCCCACCUUCCAGGGGGUGAAGUUCAGUGACACAGACCUCUUGGACUUUGCACAGUGUGUGAAGAACCACAAAGAGCAGUUUGUGCUACUCUAUGGGGUAGAUGAGCAUCUGCUGAGCGCACUGGCAAUGGGAGCAUCUGGGGCCGUUGGAAGCACAUACAACUACCUGGGCAAAAAAAACAACUUGAUGUUGGAGGCUUUUGCAAAGCAAGACCUCACAUUAGCACAACAAUAUCAGUUCUGUACUGGAGAAUUUCUCAGCUUUGUAUUCAAACUAGGUUUUGGUGUUGCACAGACUAAAGCAGUCAUGACUUUUACCUCAGGGAUUCCAAUGGGUCCCCCACGACUUCCGCUCCUGAGUGCCUCUGUGGAUUUUAUUGAGAAAGCAAAAGCUAAAAUGGCGAGCCUGAUUCUGUGACUGUCCCAGCAGUUGAUCUGAUCUGAUAUGAAUAUGGAUCUGGAGGUUUGGGGCCUCUGCUUUUGUGAUUCAUCACUCAGUGUUCUCAGGAACUAGUAAUAAGUGGUUUCCUGUCAGGGAUGGCCUUGCUAGCCCAUGUCUUGCUUUCUUUCUUUUAGCAUUACCCAAAGGUUGAACCUUUAUAAUACAGGUGAAUUCUGUUUAUCUAAAUGACCUGGAGGACAUCAGAGACCUUUGGAUAACCAGGUGUUCAGAUAAAUGGAAGUGCUAUUUUUAGCUGCAAUUUCACAGGUCUGGUCUGUGCUUCAAAUUGAGGUCAGCCUAGCUACGUUGUUAAGAUGCGCAAACCUCUCUGGUAGACAUGGCUAGGUCAAUGGAAGAAGUCUUCUGUUGACCUAGCUACUACCUCUCGGAGAGGUGGAUUACCUACAUUGAGGUAAACCCUCUUCUGUUGCUGUAGGAAGCGUCUACACUAUGAUGCUACAGCAGCACAGUUCCAGUGCCACAACUGUGCCACUUGAGGGGCUCUAGUGUAGACAAAGCCACUGUUUCAUGCUGCAGUGAUGCCAGUCCCAGAGGGAGGAGGGAAGAAAAGGAUCGGGUAUCACUGCAGAAUAAAAGGGUGGGGGUGGGGGUGGUGGAAGGGAGGCAAAGAGGAGGAUGGAAGAGGGAAAAGGAAAAGGAAGGAGGUAGAGGGGAAGGAGCUGUAGGAGACCAGAGCCUUCUUGACAGCCCAGGAUUCUACAAGCACCAGUACAAAUACCGUAAUGAGGGGUAUGGCUGGCUGGCUCCCUCCCCCACAGCUGUCAGUGCUAGCAAGUGCUCAAACAGCACCAAGGAGGUUCUUGUCUCCUGCAGCUAUUCCACCUCUCUUCACACCCUUGGGGAUCCACAAUGUAGUUAUCUGAAUGAACAGUGUAUUCCCCCAUGCGUUUAAUGAGCUACUAAGAGGUUAACUGAAGAGCAUUCCGCGGUUCAUUAAAUGCACGGACACUGCUGAUUCAGCUCAUCAGGAUUUUCAGUUAAUUGAAAUUUGAACUUUGCCUGUAGUUGCCUCUGCCCUAUGGUGCACAAAAGCAAGGUUUGCUUCUAACGAAGCAAACUUAUAAGGGUAUGUCUGUACUGAAAAUGCUACAGCUGCAGUCCUUCAGUGUAGACACUACUUAUGCCGAUGGAAGAGGAGAAGGAAUUCCAGCAAAGAACCUGAAUUCCUCUGGAAAGGGAAGAGGACUCUCUCUAUAAAGGACUUCUGACUUCCGGAAUUUCCAUCUACUAUGACAGUCCCAACCCUCCCCUCCCCCACACACUUUUUAUGAUGCUGAGAUGUGGGUGAAGUAAUGUCUCUUGUACUCUGACAUGACAUCAUCAUUCUGCUCAGCAUGGUAUUUUAGUGCAGCUGUUAUGUCAGAUAAACCUACAAAAACUCCCAUUUUUACUAGUGAGUAACAGGGAAUCAGGUUUCUGUGCCCAGAACUCCCAGAAGACACUCUUCUUCCAUAAGCUUCUUUCCCUUCAUCUCUCUUCUCCAUUUUCUUGCUCUCCCUGUGUUUCCUCAAACAAAAAAAUGUAAGUAUUGUAACUUUUGUGACAGAAGGCACUUGCUCCAUCUUGUUCCCAGCAUGUGCUGGCUAAAGCAGCACCAGAGCUGGAGCAGGAAUUGAACCAGAGGUUCUACAUGGCAAUGCAAAGCACUACUGCUUCUUACAAAUGUCAUUUAUUGCUGAUGUGAAGGGGCCCUCUACACAUAUUGGACCUCAUGUUCCAGUACACCCUGUGUAUUUGUUUACACCUUGGCAAAACGCUACCAUCUAGGUGCCUGAAGAAUUUUGAUUUGGUAGCAUUUUACACCCACUUUGCACAGGUAAGAAUGACUGCAUGUGCAAGGCAGGGAGAAUCAGGUCUGAGGAACUGUUGCUAUUUUAGUUUCCAAGGAUUCUGGGUAACCUGGAGAGUAACCUUCCAUUAACUUCUUCAAAUUGGCAGUAAUAAUCUCACUUUCUGUCUGCAGAACACAAACUGUAGAAGCCCUGACUGAGUUAGACGGUUGACAUGAUUUUUCUCCUGAAUCUGUAAGGCAUGUAGGUAAGCUUCCCUGGUGGGUCAAAUAUGGAAGAAGGUAGCCUUUGAAAUAGCAAAGAGCACUGCACGUUUGCAACUGUUCCUUGCACAACCAACCAUUGAUUGGAGCAAGCAUGCAGAGAGCCAGCAUGACAAAAAUCAUAGGAAAGAAUAAGACCGUGCACACUCCCAGAUUCAGCUACCUGUAUUUUAGGAGAACUCUACUGUGUAUUCCUUAAAGCUUUUACUUUGAUGUUUUUAGGCUCUCUAUUCCAAAUGAGAUUCUCUAUUGCUGUUCCAAUGCUCUAUGCACAUAACAAUACACUAUUACUUACUUUUUUUCUGCAUUUUUUAAUAUAUAGAUGCAUCUAAACAUGAGAUCUUCAAUUGAAUAACUUUUCUAACAGACCCAAAUUAUUCCUGGUAUUUUAAAGUGUGUAUUGAUCUGAUUAUACAAAUCUCCAGAUAUUAAAGUGUGUUUACCUCUGAACAUUUGUUUAAUAUUUUCAGUGAAAUUUAUGUAUAUUUUCUUACAGUGAUCAUAAAAGCAUUUUUAAAAACA